AUGUACGGAGAACUAGGGAAUAAACUUGUUCAACACGCCAAACGCACCCAAUCUCUCGCCCACCUCCCACCCUACCAAACAGAGCUCGUCCGCACGGUCGCCCGCGAAGUCCGCGACCUGGACCGCGACCUCGCACACCUCCUCGCCCCCUUCGAAGGUUCCUUCAACCCGUCCCAAGAACCGGCCGUCGCGUGCGCAUUGCUAGUCGACCAUCUCUGCAUCCGGCGCAACAAGCGCUGCCUCCUUGCCUACCACCGCGUGCGCACAGAAAAGCUAGAAGAGCUAUGUUGGAAGGGCAUUGAUGUGCUGGAACAACAAGCGGCCGCGGCGGGAAGAGAUGAUGGACAACCGGGAGGGCACAAUCCGAACAAUGCAGGUCCGCAGGUCGGGAGCGGGAAUGAGAGCUCACUUAGUCCCGAGGAGGAAGAGUAUUUUCGGCAGUAUAGCGACAUGCUGGCUACGUAUAAGGGGCAGUGGACAGAUAUCGAUCUUACGGGGAGCCUGGAGCCGCCAAAGGAUUUGUUUAUUGACGUCAGGGUCUUGAGAGAUGCAGGGGAGAUACAGACGGAAUAUGGGGUGAUCAAUUUGACGAAGAAUAGCCAGCUGUACGUGCGACAUGGCGAUGUGGAACGGCUGAUUGCGCAGGGCUUCUUGGAACGGCUGAGUUGA